CGGGGAUUACAACGUGAUCUGACCUGGGGCACGAACAUGCGCGGCGAAUGCGGCCGCGGGGGGCUCCCCGGCGGUGACCCUCCCCGGCCGCCGCCUCCGACGUAUGACGCGCGGUUGCCGCCGCGGGAGCCCUCGUCCAUGUCGGCGUCGGCGAUGUCGUCCACCCUGCCGCUCGCGUUGCCCAUCUCCAACGUCCACGCACGCAGGAGGCGCAGCGGAAUCGCCAGUCGCGAUGUGUGCCGCCCCUGCUAUCGCGGUGGUGCUGGUGCGGAACGGGAGUGCGGGCGCGUCAGGAGGAGGAAGGAGAGGAGCCCACAAAAGCUAAUGGCCCACGAAGAAACAGAGCCCGGCCUUCUUCUUCCUCCUCCUCCUCGCCCACAAGUCCAACCGAACGAAAGCCAGACCAUCCAACUCCCAACAAAUCCUUCCCCCUUCCUCGGCACGGCAGCGACAGCGAGCGAGCGACCAGCCAUGCUUGGUCUUCGAGCCCGCGCUGCGGCGCGGCUUCCGUGCCCCUCGCCAUCUCCCUACUCGGCUGCCACGGCCAGGUUCACGCGCCUCUCCCCCCUCGCGCCUCUGUCGUCUGCAUCGCCGCCGCCGAGGACUCCGCGGCCCUCCCUCUCCACCAGGUGGCGCCUGCCCAUGCGUCCCGGGGGCACUGGCAGCUACUCCAGGCCGACUACCAGGGUUUUUUGCACUGCUGCCAGCAGUCCACCGAGAGAGGGGAAGGAGUUGCUAGUUCAGCAUCUGCUUGUUGGUGAAAAGGAUGUCAGGCUUUUGGUCGAUCUUGAAAAGAGCAUCAUCGCAGGAGGGGCAGACUUGAGUGAUUUAGCUGUCGUGCAUUCCUUGUGUCCAUCAAAAGAAAAUGGUGGUAUGCUUGGGUGGGUUCGAAGGGGACAGAUGGUACCAGAAUUUGAGGAAGCAGCAUUUGGUGCUCCUUUGAACAAAGUAGUGCGAUGUACGACAAAAUUUGGAUGGCAUUUAUUGCAAGUUCUCGCUGAGAGGGAUCAAUGCAUACUGCAAGACAUUGAACCAGAGGAGCUUCACACAAAAAUGCAAGAUCCUAGUUUUGUUGAAGAAGCUCAAUUGAUUGAUGUUCGGGAGCCUGAUGAAGUGGCUAAAGCUUCCCUCCCGGGCUUUAAAGUUCUACCCCUACGCCAAUUUGGGACCUGGGGACCAGUUAUGACAGAUGAAUUUAAUCCUCAGAAGGACACUUAUGUUCUGUGCCACCAUGGCAUGCGCUCAAUGCAGGUGGCUAAAUGGCUGCAGUCUCAGGGUUUCGGAAAAGUCUAUAAUGUCACGGGUGGAAUUCACGCCUACGCCGUUAAAGCCGACUCCUCCGUCCCGACUUACUAGCAGUGAUAGCCAAUCCGUCGCUGGAGACUGUUUAAAAGCAUGCUCAAUUUGGCAAUGGUUUUGACGGAUGCCAGAAUUCAGAUCUCAAUUUUAUUUCUGGAACUGCUUGAGGCAUUUUUGAGAAAAUGUAUGCAUACGACUAUUUUUCUGAAAAUAGAUAAAUACAUGAGAAAUUGCCUUU